GAACAGCACCCAAGUUCAGUUGGAAUCGAUUUGGAAUAACCAAUAUUUGUGCGACGGUGGAUUAUUCAUUCGCCAGUUGUCUUUGAGAGUUUCUGAGCUGAGGUUGACGCAAUGAAGCGGACUGCACUAGGAUUGGCCCUGCUCCUGGCCCUGGUGGCUCAACUGACGGCCCACAGUGCGCAUGACUUGGUGUACGGCUACGAGUGCCGCAGUGGUCUUUGCCAGAAGGUGGAGCUCAGCGAGGAGAACUUCGCCAAGGCCAUCAGCAUGCCCGUGUGCCGGCUCUUCUGCGGCUCUGCCAUCGGCACGCUGUGGCCCAAGCCCACGGGUGCAGUGCGUCUGGACACGCUGAUGCGUCAGGUGGACAUCUCCUUCAUUGACUUCCAUGUCAAUGGCUCGGCGCGCCAGGAGAAGCUUUGGCGUGCGGCUGAGGACCGCUUCAUGGACAUGCUAGAGGCCCAGAUCCCCGAUCGCAAGAUCCUCGCCCGCGGUGGCUAUCGCAUGUCCGUGAGCAUCAACACCCCGGAUGAGCCCACACCGGCCCGGCUCACCCUGGAAACGGACGAGAGCUAUGUCUUGGACAUCGACACGGAUGCCUCGGGUCAUGUGCUGGCCAACAUCACGGCGGCGAACUUCUUUGGAGCACGCCAUGGUCUGGAGACGCUGGCCCAGUUGAUCGUCUACGAUGACAUCCGUCGCGAGGUCCAGGUGACUGCCAAUGCCACUAUUCAUGAUGCUCCGGUGUACAAGUGGCGUGGCUUGCUGCUGGACACCUCGCGUAACUAUUACUCCGUGAAGUCCAUCAAGAGAACGUUGGAGGGCAUGGCCCUGGUCAAGUUGAACACCUUCCACUGGCACAUCACCGACUCGCACAGUUUCCCCCUGGAGGUGAAGAAGCGUCCCGAGCUGCACAAGCUAGGAGCCUACUCCCAGCGCCAGGUGUACACCCGGCGGGAUGUGGCCGAGGUUGUGGAGUACGGUCGGGUGCGGGGAAUCCGGGUGAUGCCCGAGUUCGAUGCUCCUGCCCAUGUGGGUGAGGGAUGGCAGCACAAGAACAUGACCGCCUGCUUCAAUGCCCAGCCAUGGAAGUCGUACUGCGUGGAGCCGCCUUGCGGACAGCUGGAUCCCACCGUGGACGAGAUGUACGAUGUGCUGGAGGACAUCUACGGCACCAUGUACGACCAGUUCAACCCGGACGUCUUCCACAUGGGCGGCGAUGAGGUGUCCACCAGCUGUUGGAACAGCAGCCAGGUCAUCCAGCAGUGGAUGAAGAAGCAGGGCUGGAAACUGGAGACCGCCGACUUUAUGCGCCUGUGGGGACACUUCCAGACGGAGGCGCUCGCCCGGGUGGACAAGGUGGCCAAUGGCACGCACACGCCCAUCAUCCUGUGGACCAGCGGACUCACCGAGGAGCCCUUCAUCGACGAGUACCUCAAUCCGGAGCGCUACAUCAUUCAGAUCUGGACCACGGGCGCCGAUCCCAAGGUGAAGAAGAUCCUGGAGCGUGGCUACAAGAUCAUAGUGUCCAACUAUGAUGCCUUGUAUCUGGACUGUGGAGGACCUGGCUGGGUCACGGAUGGCAACAACUGGUGCUCCCCCUACAUUGGCUGGCAGAAGGUGUACGGAAAUAGUUUGAAAUCCAUUGCCGGCGACUACGAGCAUCAUGUCCUGGGUGCCGAGGGAGCCAUCUGGUCGGAGCAGAUCGACGAGCACACGCUGGACAACCGCUUCUGGCCGCGAGCCAGUGCCCUGGCCGAGCGUCUGUGGUCCGAUCCCAUCGGCGGAUGGCGCGAAGCCGAGUCCCGGCUGCUGCUCCACCGCCAGCGGCUGGUGGACAACGGCCUGGGUGCGGAGGCCAUGCAGCCGCAGUGGUGCCUGCAGAACGAGCACGAGUGUCCCAUUGACGCGUACGAUGCACAAGCUUAGUCGGCGAUUGAGUCCAAGUCCUUCUUAACGGUCGCUAUCCUUGUAGAUGUAGUUGUAGGUGCGGCGGGCGGCUUUGGAUAAUCCUAAUCCUACUCGGUCAACUCACAACGCUCUACUCCGCCUGAAAAUAAAUCCACAGCUCAAAGGUGGCCUUACGCAA